GAAGGUGGUGGUGGGGGGAAGGUUAGCCAGCAGCGCAGCCCUAUCCGCCUCUCCCUCAUAAACCAGCCUGUGUUGGGCUGAGCAGGCCCCUCACACAAAGGAGGGCAGGGCAGGCAGGGCUGCCCCCCCUUCCCCCCCGCCUCGGCAGAGGGGCAGCGGGGAGGCGCCCUUCCCCGUGCACAGCACUCACAGCCACUUACUCCUCUCCCGUCCUCCGUCUUUCUCUCCCCCCUCUUCCCCUCACCUCCCCCCACGGUUCUCCCCUCAGCCCCCCGCCCGCUGUCCAUGUAGCCGUCCGGCCGCCGGCCCCUCCGCACUAUGCCCAUCUUACUCUUCCUGAUAGACACGUCCGCCUCCAUGAACCAGCGCACCCAUCUGGGCACCACCUAUCUGGACAUAGCCAAAGGCGCUGUAGAGACUUUCAUGAAGCUCCGAGCCCGGGACCCAGCCAGCAGGGGAGACAGGUACAUGCUGGUCACUUUCGAGGAGCCUCCCUACGCUAUCAAGGCUGGCUGGAAGGAAAACCAUGCAACGUUUAUGAAUGAACUGAAAAACCUUCAAGCUGAAGGACUUACGACUCUUGGCCAGUCCCUAAGGACAGCUUUUGAUUUAUUAAACUUAAAUAGAUUAGUAACUGGCAUAGACAACUAUGGGCAGGGACGAAACCCUUUUUUUCUGGAGCCAGCAAUAAUUAUAACAGUUACUGAUGGAAGUAAAUUAACUACUACCAGUGGGAUACAGGAAGAGCUCCAUUUACCUCUCAAUUCCCCUUUACCUGGAAGUGAGUUGACUAAGGAACCCUUUCGAUGGGAUCAGAGGUUAUUUGCUUUGGUUCUUCGUUUGCCUGGUAUUACAGCACCAGAAUCAGAACAGAUGACAGGGGUGCCUGUGGAUGACUCUGCUAUCACACCUAUGUGUGAAGUCACAGGAGGUCGAUCAUAUUGUGUGUGCUCUCCAAGAAUGCUGAAUCAAUGUCUUGAGUCAUUGGUGCAAAAAGUGCAAAGUGGAGUGGUAAUAAAUUUUGAAAAAGCUGGACCAGAUCCCUCACCAAUUGAUGAUGGGCAGGUGGAGAUAUCCAGACCCUUUGGACCCCAGCCUUGGCACAGCUGUCACAAACUUAUCUAUGUCAGACCAAACCCUAAAACUGGGGUUCCUAUAGGUCAUUGGCCUGUUCCUGAAUCCUUUUGGCCAGAUCAAAAUUCUCCAACACUGCCACCUCGCACAUCUCAUCCUGUGGUGAAAUUUUCCUGUACUGACUGUGAACCGAUGGUCAUUGACAAACUGCCUUUUGAUAAAUAUGAAUUAGAACCUUCACCACUGACCCAGUUUAUCCUGGAAAGAAAAUCCCCUCAGACCUGCUGGCAGGUGUAUGUGAGCAAUAGUGCAAAAUACAGUGAACUCGGUCAUCCUUUUGGUUACUUGAAAGCUAGUACAGCGCUGAAUUGUGUGAAUUUAUUUGUGAUGCCUUACAAUUACCCAGUCCUGCUUCCACUGCUAGAUGACUUGUUUAAAGUACACAAGGCAAAGCCUACGUUGAAAUGGCGUCAGUCAUUUGAAAGCUAUUUGAAGACAAUGCCUCCUUAUUAUCUUGGGCCUUUGAAGAAAGCUGUGAGAAUGAUGGGAGCACCAAACCUUAUAGCUGACAAUGUGGAAUAUGGACUUAGUUACAGUGUCAUUUCAUAUCUCAAAAAGUUGAGUCAGCAGGCCAAAAUAGAGUCCGAUAGAGUCAUUGGCUCUGUAGGCAAAAAGGUAGCGCAAGAGACUGGAAUUAAGGUCAGAAGCAGAUCACACAACCUGUCUAUGGCACAUAGGAACGAUUUUCAACAUCUGCUACAGGGGAUUACUGGGGAAAUUCCUCAUAGACCUCUAGACCUCAAUAUGAAGGAGUAUGCUGGGUUCCAAAUAGCUUUGCUGAAUAAGGAUUUGAAACCUCAGACAUUUAGAAAUGCUUAUGACAUACCCAGAAGAAAUCUUUUGGACCAGUUAACACGAAUGAGAUCUAAUUUAUUGAAGAGUACUUGCAAGUUCCUCAAAGGACAAGAUGAAGAUCAAGUUCACAGUGUACCUAUAGCACAAAUGGGAAAUUACCAGGAGUAUCUAAAACAAAUACCUUCUCCACUCCGAGAACUUGAUCCUGAUCAACCACGAAGGCUUCAUACAUUUGGCAAUCCAUUCAAAUUGGACAAAAAGGGAAUGAUGAUAGAUGAAGCAGAUGAAUUUGUAUCAGGACCUCAAAAUAAACAUAAAAGACCUGGAGAACCAAAUAUGCAAGGGAUUCCAAAAAGGCGACGUUGUAUGUCCCCCCUGCUCAGAGGGCGGCCACAAACUCUUCCAGUUGUCAAUAACCACAUUGGAGGAAAAGGGCCCCCAACACCAAUUGCACAAGCACAGCCUGACCUUAUUAAACCCAUUGCUAUUCACAAAACAUCAGAAACAAAUAAUGAAGUUGGAGUUGAUGAUGUCAUUGAGAAUCACAGUACAGACCCCCUUUCAUCAGAUGUUUUCCCAAAUGCUGUGGAUUCAGAGUUUUCACUGUCCUCUUCACCAUUCAAUUCAUUGGAUCGACCAGCAGCUCAUACAGAGGAUGUAGGCCAUGAACAUUUAGGGAAUAAUUUGAAUGUUGAUGGGUUUUUGGAGAAUCACGAGGAAUCAGGUAGUAAAGAGCAAAGUCCAGAAGAGAACUUGACAAUGUCUUCACCUAGCAAAGGGAAAAAACCAGUGCACUGCAGGAGUUCCAGAGAGAUUAAUAUAGAGCUAAGAGCACAAAUUAUGAAAGAGAUCCGAAAACCAGGAAGGAAAUAUGAAAGAAUCUUCUUUUUGCUGAAGCAUGUGCAAGGAAGCUUACAAACCCGGCUGAUAUUUUUGCAGAAUGUUAUAAAAGAAGCUUCAAGCAUACUUCAUUCAGAGAUAGCGUAGUCCUGUCUGAGACUUUGGAAAUGGAGGUGGCUUUUCUCUGAAGAAGAGUGACUUGAUAAGGAUUUAAACCCUGUGUUUUUCAUCCAGGUAGAAACUGUUCCUUACAGUAUCUUUAGACUAUCCAUACUUAGCCUUCUACAUGCUUACUGAGAGGAAAAAAGGAGAAAUGUAUUAGAACCAAUAGUGUUUGAGUUGCAGGGAAUGAGUAAUUCCAGGAUCUUACAGGGAUCAUAAAUAUAACCCGAACUUUGAGGCUUACUUUGGAAACCUCAAAGAAUAGCUGCUUUUUAUUUUCUAAUAUGUUUUGUAGUAGUCAGCUCUUUUAUGUGGCAUUCAGCAAAUUUCAUUAAUAAAAACAAAAUAAUUUUAGGAGAAAACCGUGCCUCUCAAGGUAUGCUGGAUGUUGGACAUCCAUACAGAUCCUUUACCCUUCUAUUGCCAGCUCGGUGGGGCAUGUAAAUUUAUGUAGAUCAUGCUCUUCCAUUAGCAACCAUUGCUGUAUUAUGCUUUUGCUUGAUUGUUAUGUUGCCUGUUGGAGUUGUUCUGUAUGUUGCAAAUUAUACAUUCUUCCUCACUGUCACAGCACACUAUAACAGUACUGUUGCUCUUGGAGUUUGUGGCAGCCCUUAGUGGGAUUGGAAUUUUUGUGCUGUAAAAUUAGGCUGUUGAGAUCACCUGUAACUCUCAUUUCUCUUGCACAGUCUCUUUAUUCCAGCUGUCUUUAGUUGACAAUUCUACAAAAUUUGCCAGUGGUUGAGUGUUGCUCUUGGGUGCAUCAGGGAUUGUGGGGAGGCUUGUGAUCUGGAAAUUAGGGCAGAUACCAUGUCUCUGUGAGCCAAGGGCAUGGACCAGGAUGCCUGACUGGAAACUAGAGGCUUCUGCUGGGGUUUAGUGAAGUCACAGGACUGAACUUGGGAUAUAGUUCAAAAUAUUUUCAUUGCUACUUGUCUUUGAACACACAUAUGGCUACCAAAGCAUUGGUCAGAGGUGCAGAAUUGUUGCAAGGGGGAGGGGCUAGCUGGAAGCAGCUAGGAGUUCUACUUCCUGAGGUAGGGGCGUAAGCCGAGGUGACAGAAUGGCCUACUGACCAAAUUUAUACAACUGGUAUGGAAUAGAGCUGCAGAGACUCCGGAGGUAUGGAGUUUGGAUGCCUGUGUUUUCCUUUAAUUUCUUUCUCAAAAUUUUAAUUUGUGUUGUUUGUCAGGAAAUCUGCUUUCCACUGUGUAAUAGCUGUUCCUCCACCAGUACCGACUUCGUUAACUUGGAUGAAUGCAUCAUGAAGGCAUGCAAAUAAUCCCUAAAAGCUGUUUGCCAGCUUUAGGAUUAUAGUUCUUUUGAUGUAUAUUUUAUUUCUGUGCUUCAGAACUUCACUUCUGGAAGCAACAAACUCCUGUCUUUUUCCUGGAUUUCGGAGAGCUCAGUGAUGUUCAGCUAUAAUAAACUCUCGUAAAUGUAGUUUUGUGUUCUGCAAAUGGAAAAGCAAGUUAGUGGUUUACCAGAAUGUUAGGAGACAGUGUAUGUAUACAAAUGAGGUAUGUGUAUACCUCAUCAUGAACUGCUCCUGAAGUAAUAACUGAAGUUAUGUAGUUCAGUAAAAGUUUUGUCAAUGAUGUUUCAUGUAUUACUC